AAAAUUAUAUUCAGUGAUAAAGUGAAAUUCGUGCGCGUUGGUUGGCUUACACUUCGUGUAAGCUUCAAGCUCAGACUCCGGCUCUCGGCCCACUGUCGCUCACUCACUCUCGCUCUCCGUAUAUCUCUGUCUUGCUCGCACACUCUCUUCGUUGACUCUCGUAUCGGAUCGGUGUGUUCACAAUUAGACAACAACAACAGCAACAACUUCACAACUAAUGCCUAACAAUUGAAGUGCCUGGUGCUUGGGCACAAAAAUCGCUGAUAACAAAAGUGUUAUAAGUGCAACAAUUUUUGCCACUUAGCAAUAGUAGCUCAAUAAAUUCCGCUAAAAUAACAAUUAAUAUUUAUAAUAUUGAACAAGGAUUCAGCGGCGUUCGCGAUGCGUCUAAUUGGAUUUGUUCUAAAUUUGGCUGCUUUAACAGCUGCCGUCUUGGCCAAUCACCAUGACAGCCUGACGCUGAGUCCGAGCGAGCACAGCGUCGUGCGCUACACCAACGAGUCCCUCAUACUCGAGUGUCGCGGCCCCGGUCCGGAUGUGAAGCUGCAUUGGAAAUCGCCGAAAGGCGAAAUAAUACGCGAGCACAAAGGGCGCAUACACAUCGAGCAAACGGCGCCAGAACAAUUGAAAAUCGUUUUUGCGCACAUCGCGCUGGCGGACAAGGGCAAUUGGACAUGCGAAGCUGCUGAAGGGGGACUGCAUAGUAAAUCGUUCGAUUUGAUUGUAUAUCAGAAAAUUACGUUCACCGAAAAGGAUACGGUUAAAACUGUAAAGGAAGGUCAAAAUGCUACGAUAUUGUGCGAGGUAAAGGGCGAGCCGCAACCGAAUGUCACCUGGCAUUUCAAUGGACAGCCCAUUAGUGUGGAUGCAAACGCCCCGAAAUUCCGCAUCCUGGCGGAUGGUUUGCUCAUCAACAAGGUAACACAGAGUGACACCGGCGAGUACACGUGCCGGGCAUACCAAGUGAAUUCGAUUGCUUCCGAUAUGCAGGAGCGCACAGUUUUGAUGAAAAUCGAACAUAAGCCGCAUUGGACGCUGAAGCCGCAUGUGGGCCUCCAGUACGCGUACAUCAAUGGCACAGCGAGCAUCAUGUGCGAGGCGCAGGCGGAGCCGCCAGCCACCUUCAGCUGGUACCGCAAACAGAAGCGUUUGGAGAGCAACGAGAAGCUCUACACCAUCGAGUCGGAUAACUAUUGGUCGCGUCUAACUAUUCGCGUGUUAGAUGCCAAAGUUUUUGACAACUAUCGCUGCCUCGCACACAAUCAUUUGGGCAGCAUUGAGCGCAUCACGCGACUCGAUGAGGGCGAGAAGCCACCGCCGCCGCUCGUCUUCCAGCUGCGUGGCUACAACUCGAACACUUUUGAUGUUGAUUUGAGCGCACCGAGGGAUAAGGAUCAGCUCGGACCUAUGGACGUGAAUGGCUUCCGCAUUGAGUACAUGACGGAGCUGGAGUUCAAAACGGAUGCGGGCAAAUGGACGAAUGCCAAGCGCAAGGAUUUCCCCUACGAGGAGGGUGCCAAUUUUCUCAUAACGAACCUAGAGCCGGAUACCGUCUAUCUGAUACGCGCUGCCUCGCGUAAUCUGGCCGGCUUCAGCGACUAUACCAAAGUGGAGAAGUGCAAGACUCUGUCUCUGGAGCCGCGUGUUUCGGCCGCUUCUAUAUGGCCAACUACCUAUCCGCUGCUGUUUGUAUUGCUGCUGCAUCCACUGCUGCUGCGGCAUGGCCAUUGAAUGCUUGCAAAGCUGUGAGUCGACGUGCUCCACUCCCCCAAGAAUUCCAUGUGCUUUGUCUAGCUUUAAGGCGUCGCCACGUUAACCUCCUUAGUGUCUGCUGCCCGAUCGCUGCUCGUGUUAUGUAACGUCUACUAUUUAAUCUACUAAGUUGUUAAUAUAACCGCUCUUAAGCUUAAGUUUAUAAAGAGUUUCGUUCAGUUUAUCUGCAAGCCCAGCAAAUUAGCUAAAAUUUAUAACAAACUAUUUCGAUUCAGACGCUGGGCGCUUAGUUUAAGCAGACAUAGAAAAACUUUAACUUUUAAAGCGUAUACUAAAUAAUAUACUAAAUUUCACUAUAUGAACAAAACUAUCUAAAAACUAAAUCUAAAUAAAUUCUUCCUCAAUUCUCUUAACAUUCAGCCUCGAACUAAUCUGUGUAAAAAAUCCUUGCAUUUAUCUAUCAUAUCCACACGUAAAUCCAACUCAACUAUCAAAUCUAACCACACACCUACUUUCUAAUCCUUUCAAAAUACAAAUCCCCAAAUCCGCUUACAAAUCAUAUUAUGAAGCAUAUACAAAAUUGAGCUUAACAAACACAAUAUGCGUAUGAAAGCUAAACAAACUAAAGUUAAACUAAAUAAAAUAUGAAAACAGUCCAUUGUUUUGAAACAAAGUAAAAAUAAAUAGAACAAGCAAAUAGACAUAGAACAGAUUUCGUAAAAAAUUGGAUUGCAUAAAUAAAAUAUAUGUAUCUCAAGUAAAAAUGUUGCCAAUAUUUAAAUGUUUUGUGGUUUUGUGUGCCAACUGAGCGAA